AUGCAAGGCGACAUGGUGCGGACAGCAAAAAUCUAUGGCACAUGGCCGCACACAAACUUCAACAAUCCACUUGUUGUGUGGCGGCGCGCGCGUGGGGAUAGUUCAGCUGCACGUAACUGCCAGGGUGAUAAACAGGAAGCACGGGGUAUAACAGGAGGUCUUGAGCCCCAUAAAUUCGACGUAAUGAGUUCCAUGGUCAGAUGGGGUAUGCUUGUCGCUGGCUUUCAGCCUCAACCGCCGGCUGAGUCCUGGAGUUGCCCCGGUUUCGUCGCUUCGUCUUGUAGUCAGCAUGCUCCCGAAGCGUCACUGCUUGCGGCCUUCCAUUACUCUUUAGGCAUCGUGGGUGCAUGCGAAGCAUCUGUGUCACCCGUGCCGCAAUAA